UGGUGUCGUCCAGGAAUCUGCCGCUUGGCGAAAGCUUUCUAACCCUGGCAGAAAGUGGAUAGGUGCUUUGAAAGCGGGAGUCAUCAGACAUGGCACAAAGGUUUCCUGUACCGAAUACAGGGAAUAAUGGUCCGCCACAGCAGAGAUAUGCUGCGUCAUCUGUGCCUCCAAACCUACGACAGUAUUCAGGGCCAAAUUUUUCUAGAUCUGGAUUCACUCCGCCACCCCAAAUGGCUAAUGCAGGGCCUGGCCCAGCGAGCAUAAUAAGGGCGAACCAACCCUACACAAAUAUGCGCCAAGGUCCAAUGCCUACCCCACCGGUAGGGAAAAGAAGUGCAGAUCAACGUAUACCUAUGUCACAACAGAAACCGUAUUUUAAUUGGAACAGUGAUUUUUCACAUUCCACAUCCAAGAAGAAAAAAAAGCUGGCAGACAAAAUACUGCCGCAGAAAGUCCGUGAUUUAGUGCCAGAGUCGCAGGCUUACAUGGAUUUGCUUGCAUUUGAAAGGAAGUUGGAUGCGACUAUAAUGCGGAAACGACUAGAUAUACAGGAGGCACUGAAACGUCCCAUGAAACAAAAAAGAAAGUUACGAAUAUUUAUUUCAAAUACCUUCUAUCCAGCGAAAGAAGCUGGAGAAGGAGAGGAGGGUUCUGUGGCAUCCUGGGAACUGAGAGUCGAAGGACGGCUCUUGGAUGAUACAAAGAAUGAUCCCAAUAAGGUAAAAAGAAAGUUCUCCUCGUUCUUUAAGAGCUUAGUUAUAGAAUUGGAUAAAGAUCUGUAUGGACCUGAUAAUCAUUUGGUCGAAUGGCAUCGUACAUUGACAACACAAGAGACUGACGGUUUCCAAGUGAAGAGACCAGGAGACAAAAAUGUUCGGUGCACUAUACUCUUGCUCCUCGAUUAUCAGCCUUUACAAUUCAAACUGGAUCCCAGAUUAGCCAGAUUGUUGGGUGUACAUACACAGACAAGACCAGUAAUCAUUUCCGCGCUCUGGCAGUACAUAAAAACGCACAAGCUUCAAGACAGCCACGAAAGGGAGUUCAUAAACUGUGAUAAAUAUUUGGAGCAAAUAUUUGCCUGUUCGAGGAUGAAGUUCGCCGAGAUACCGCAACGUUUGAAUCCUCUGCUUCAUCCGCCGGAUCCGAUAGUGAUUAAUCACGUGAUCAGUGUGGAAGGUACAGAAACGAAACAGACCGCGUGUUACGACAUAGAUGUCGAGGUCGACGACACAUUGAAAACGCAAAUGAACAACUUCUUGCUCUCGACCGCGAGUCAGCAAGAGAUACAGAGCCUCGACAACAAGAUCCACGAGACCGUCGAGACUAUCAAUCAGCUAAAGACAAACCGAGAGUUUUUCCUUAGUUUCGCCAAAGAUCCGCAGCAGUUCAUCAACAAAUGGAUUAUCUCGCAGACCAGGGAUUUGAAGACAAUGAUAGAUGUUGUCGGGAAUCCCGAGGAGGAACGGAGAGCCGAAUUUUAUUACCAACCGUGGGCGCAGGAAGCCGUUUGCCGAUACUUCUACACGAAGGUUCAACAGAAACGGGCGGAAUUGGAGCAGGCGCUCGGCAUCAGGAAUUCAUAAAACGUUAACAAAAGAAGAAACCAGUAACGGUUCUGAAGCAUUAUUAUGUAAAGUAUUUAUAUGAAUCUUUUUUUUUUCUUCCUGUUUGAAUUGCAGCCGCCCCGUCGAUUAAUAUGCCUCACACGCUUUACUCGACGCUCCGUGAGGUUAUGUUAAAAGUCUGGAUGGACAGUAGGGCGACGUAUUUUUUAUGAAUGUCGGGAAACACGAGAAACAAAGUCCUGAGUAAUAACGACUCCUCCGAAGCAGCUUUAUUUAGAUAUAAAAGUAUAUAUGUCAUGUGUCUUUAUCGAAGUGAAAUCUGUUUGUUUUCAUAAAUCUUUUCUAUGAACGACUUUGAACCGCUGCGAUGAAAUUCUGUACAUUAUAAUGAAUAAAUCUUUGAUAUAACUCGCUGAAAUCAUCCUCGAGCUGGA